GUUCUACAAGUAAAAUACAGUUUAAAAUAUUGGAAAACAUAUUAUUCAAUUUGGAAGACAUAAAUGGACUCCAGGACUUCAAUAAAAUGAUGUACUCUGCGUUUUUUAAGCUGGAGACUGGAGAUUUGAACAGGGGAGAAUGGAGAUGGACAGUACUGCUGCAGCUAAUUAUGCUUCAAACUGGUUUAAUGUUCAAAAUGUGCCUAAAAGUUAUGUGUUUCCGGAGGAAGUUAGACCUGGGGAACUCCCUCCGGUAUGCCACACGCUCCCAGUCAUCGACAUCACAAAAUCUGUACAGGCAGAUACAGUUCAACAUAUCAUGAAAGCUAGUAGAGAAUUCGGAUUCUUCCAGGUGAUUAAUCAUGGAGUCCCAGCUGAAAUACUACUUGACACAGCUAAAGUGUUGAGGGAUUUCUUUGAGAUGCCUGAGAAAGAAAGUAGCGAUUCCGGUGGCAAGCGUAAUUGGGUGUACGGUGGCAGCACUAGCUUCACCAGAAAUGGAUUCGAUUUAUGGAGAGAAAAUCUAAAACACCCUUGUUAUCCUUUGAAGGACUGCAUGGAACAUUGGCCAGAAAAGCCAACCGGAUAUAGGGAAGUUGUUUCAACAUAUGUGACAGAAGUGAAUAAGUUGGGUAAUACUAUUCUUCAGCUGAUUUCCAGAGGCUUGGGACUUGAAGUGGGCUACUUUGAUGGAAUUAGCGGAGUUGAGAUACUGUCAGCCAAUAAUUAUCCGCCAUGUCCUGAUCCGAGUCUGACAUUGGGAGUUCUCAAACACCAUGACCCUAGCCUCAUUACCAUUCUUUACCAAGGGAAUGUUCCUGGCCUUCAAGUCCUGAAAGACGGGGUCUGGAUCAGUGUUGGGGCGAUUCCAAAUGCAUUUGUUGUUAAUAUUGGAAACCAGUUAGAGAUUAUCAGUAACGGGAUAGUAAGAAGUGCUUUGCAUCGAGCUGUUACAAACUCGAGUGAAGCCAGGCUUAGUAUUGCAGCUUUUAUCAACCCUUCUCCAAAUUUCAUUGUGGAACCUGCACAAGCUUUGGUCACUGAACUCAGUCCAGCUCAGUACAAGCCAACCUUGUACAAAGAGUUUGUGAAUGGCACCAAUGCUUUUGGUCCUCAUACGAAGGCUAUGCAGAGGGCAUGACGCGAUUUAAUAAGCCAUACAUGAUAGAUGUUGUUAAUCCCAUGGUUUCUGCACUUUUUUUUAUAAGGUCAUACCAGUCAGAUAAGGAUUAAUUACCCAUGGAUUAGCUUAGCUAGAUCACUGCAUUUAAAAAAUAUAAAUUAAUUAUGUUUUUGAAAAGAACUAGCUAGCUCAUGAACAGGUCCAGAAUACCUACCGCAGGGGUACAACGUACAAGAGCUCAACCACCGCACCAACACUUUAUUGGAGACAGUACAAAUCUUGCUUCGGUCGAGUACUUGUAAUCAAAAAUGGCGACAGUACAAAUCUUGCUCCGAUCGAGUUCUUGUAACCAAAAACAAUACUACUAUAAGGCUGGAAGUUAAUCAAAGUCCAAACAUUAUCGU